AUGGUUGCAAGGAAAAAUCAAAAGAAAAAAGAAUUGGAAGAAAAUCAGAAAAAACAGGAAUAUGAACAAUCACCAGCAAGAAGAACAAGAAGUAAAUCACGAGAUGUUAAGUUGCCUGGCAUAUCAACUAUAUCAACAGCUGCUGCAGCAAUUGCUAAAAACCUACCAGCAGCAACAACACCCAAAAAACCUGGGCGUCCAAGGGCUGCAACUGCAGUUGCAGAGAAACCUGCUGAGAAAACAGGGCGUACAAGGGCUGCAGUGGUCAGAAAAGACCUGCUGCAUCAGCCAAAUGUCCUGCAAAAAAAAAGAAAAGUCAUAGAUCAAGUGCCUCAUGAUGAACCAUCAGAGGAUGAAGAACAAGAAGAAGUCCCUGCAACAAGUUCUGCUCCUGCAGAAAAGAAAAUUCUUAAAAAAGUAGAACAAAAAGACAGUGAGGAUCCAGCUUUUGAUGCUGAAAAAGAAGAAGAUGAAGAAAGUGAGGAGGUGGAAGUAGUUCAAGAAAAGAAAACAACAUUGAAAAAACCAAAAGCUGAAGAAAAAAGAAUGGUUCUAUAUGAGAGGGAACCAAUAAAAAAGAUUGUGAAGAGGAAAACUGAAUUUUCAGUGGCUAAAAAAAAGAAGAGGAGGAAGAAAAGAAUGAAGAGGAAGUUGGAAGUUCGACAAGAGGAGGCCAUGUCAAAUUCAUGCAUUGGGUUAAGAAAAUGA